AUGGUCACUGUGGGUUCAGGCAAAGGAUCAUUCUUGAACAUUCAAAAUCAACUCAACAAUGAAAUCCCUGAACAAAAGGAUUUUUACCUCAAGAUAGGAUACUUUGAAAAUUCUAAGCAAUGGGAAAACGCUUUAGCUAGAAUCAAAAUAAACUCAGCUGCACCGGUUGGUGAAGAGCAUCGGAUAUCUAUGCCAAUGACUGCAGAGCCUUUGGCCAAUGCUUUCAGAACUCCAGUAUUUUAUUUCUCAACAACAGGGUCUCAAGGUUUUUUUCCACACUUCACUCCCGCCAACAACAACCCCCCAAUUUUCAUUGCUUUCAUUCCUGAAUCAUCUCACUUUGUUGCACUUACACUGAAGGAUCCAUUAAAUUUCCCAUUCCCAUAUCCUGUUGGUUUGAAUAUUUGGAGAAAGAAUGCUGAUUGUAAAGCUCUAGACUGGGAGCAAAAAUACUCUAGUUGUAUUAUAUUGGGUCAAGAUAAAUAG